AUGUCUUGUUCAAAAAUAUUUUCAGGAGACUUGCCCGAAGUAACUCAUGAAGUUAUAAAAUAUUUACAGAAUGAUCAUUUAACUUUACAUUCAUGUAUUUUAGUUAAUAGAUUAUGGUGUCGUUUAGCGAUAUCAUUAUUAUGGGAAAAUCCUUUUUCAAUUCAUACUGGAAAUUAUAAUUUUAUUGAAAUUUACUUACGUAAUUUAAAUGGUGAUUUUAAAAAAAAAUUAGAUUCAUAUAAAGUUAAUGAUAAUUCAUUAACUUUGAAUACAUUGUUCAAUUAUAUUAAGUUUUUAAAAUAUUUAAAUACAUAUGAUGUUCUUUUUUCUGUUGAAGAGUGGUUUGACGUUGCUGUCGGUGAUCCAAAACCCGGAAAUAGAUAUUUUUUGACAGAUUUAAGUUUUAAUUCAGUAACUUAUUUUAAAGGAUUGAUUAGUAUGUCAUUAUUUAAAAUAUUUAUUGAUAAUGAAAUAGAUUUACAUACUCUUGAAAUUGAGGAUUCAAAUACUUAUUUUAAUACAUGUCUUAAUAAUAUUCUUGAAUUAAUUUUACAAAAUAAGAAUUUCUUUCAUAAUAUUAGAAAUUUGAAACUUUAUAUUCAUAAUCAUGGAAGUCCAGUAAUUGGAAAUCGUGGAUCACAAAUAAUUCAUUCACAUCAAAAUCUUAAAAAAAUUUUAUUAGGUUAUCAUGGUUUACCCUUAUAUCAAUCAUUAUUAUUGAAAGUUUCUAAUUGUUCAAAUACUUUAAAUACAAUCAUUUUCUUUUACGUCGAUCUUAGAGUUUUAAUCAAUCUUGAUAAAGUACUUGAACAAUUAAAUGUUUUAGAAUCUGUUCAUAUGAUUUAUUGUUCCUCUUUAAAUAAUGGUUUUACUCAACAAAUUAUUAAUUCAUCUAAACCAUUUAAAUUAAAAUCUUUAUUUAUAAAUGAAAUAUCACAAAUUGAAUCAUUACAAUUAUUAUUACAAAAAUCUGGUAGUUAUUUAGAAAAUUUUGGUUUUGGAUUUGAAUUUAAUUAUAAUUUAUCAUUAAAACAUCAAUCUUUAGGAUUAAUUAUAAAAUAUUGUAAGGGUAUAAAAUUCCUUAAUUUUUAUGGAUUUGAAAAUCAGAUUGUUCAUUUGGCACUCAACUUAAUUGUAAAUAUCAAACAAAAUCUUAAUUAUUUGGUUAUCAAUGUAUCUGAAGAUUCUCAAUUAAAUAAUAAUAUUGAACGUAGUUCAAUUAUUUUACAAAAUUUAGGACAAGCUUUACCUACAAAAUUAGAAUAUUUAUGUUUGAUUCUUUUUAUUAAAGUAAUUGAUUUAGAAAUUUUCUUAAAAAAUUCUCAAAAUACUUUUAUUAAGAAAUUAUUAAUUAGUAAUAAUAUGCAAGAAAAUAAUGAUGAUGAUAAUAUUAUUUUACCUUAUAUAAAAGAAUAUAUUAUGAAAGAAAAAAGGGUUGAAUAUUUGGCUAUUAAAGAUAUUUUCCUUGAAAAAGAUCCAAGAUAUGCUGUUGAAUGUGGUGAUUUAUCUAAUUUAAAAGAUUUUGUGGAGGAAUUUAAAUUAUAUGAUAUUAAAGUUCAAAAUUAUUAUGAUCUAUUGUCUAUUGUUAGCAUUUAUUAUUUUGUAAAGAAUAUUGAUUAA